UCGAGCAAGGCUCAUCAACAUCACAGCACCUUGAAACUUCGCACCUAUCUCUCUUUUCGAACCACAAAUUCCGACUCUUCACAAUAGCUCAGAACUUUCGAAAAACACAAUCAUAAUGGUCGCCUCUUUCCGUGAUCUCCUCGGCAUUCGCCCUGGUACAGCCUCCACCUCAGACUCUGCUCUAAUCAUCAUCGAUGCUCAGAAUGAGUACGCAAAGGGACUGCUGAAGGUCACCAACGCUGAGUCGAGUGGGAAAGCUAUCGCCAGCCUGCUUGCGAAGUACCGUGCUGCGAACGGCAAGAUCAUUCACAUCAUGCACCAGGCCCCUGAGGGUGCACCAAUUUUUACCCCAGGUACUGAGCUGGCAGACGAGUUCAGCGAUGUCGCUGCCAAAAACGGCGAGGAGACGAUCUGGAAGCAGUUCCCUGGCUCUUUCGAGCAGACGUCGCUGCACGACACCCUUCAGUCGUGGGGUGUCAAGAAGGUCGCUCUGACCGGCUACAUGGCCCAUGUCUGCGUUUCAACCACUGCACGUGAGGCCAUGCAGAAGGCUUAUGAGGUUAUUCUUGUCGAAGAUGCCAUUGGGGACCGCGACAUCCCGGGGGUGAAGGGUGAGGAGCUUACGAGGGUUGCUCUGGCCGAACUGGCAGAUGUCUUCGGCACCAUCGUCCAGAGCUCGGACAUAAGGUGAAGCAACUUACGGCAGGAUAUUUCCGCGCCGAUGUUGGUAUAAU